AUGAUCACUAAUCGCAGUGGAUUUAAAAUAGUCUGUCCCGUAGCGUGCCGUCAUGUACAAGAUAAUGGUUUAACGAGAAAAUAUGAAGACGACGAUACUUUUCGAUUAAAUGUUAGAAAACUACUUGCCUUACCCUUCGUUCCGGCGUCGGAAGUAAUUGAAGCGUUCAACUUACUUGCUGAUGACUUCGACGAUGAAGCUGAAAAUCUGGUGGAAUAUUUCGAAAAAACGUGGAUAGGUGAAAAGAAGAUUCGAGGAAAUGGAAGGAAGAAACCAAAAUUCAAUAAUGAAUUAUGGAAUGUGUAUGAACGUGUCAUGAAUAACCUUCCCAGGUCGAACAACGCCGUAUUUGAGUAUUUGACUUAUGCAACACUAUACUCGCGACAAUAUAUUCACGAAAAUGUUUUGUUUACGCAACCAAUUGGUCUCGCAACGUUUUGUCCGCGACAUUUUGUCCUGCGACAUUCUGUCCUAGCGCCACCGUUAGCACAUGAAUGGGAAUUACAUGAAGGUGUACAUUUAGUAGAUGGUUGA